AUGCCCGCCGAGGAAGGCGAAAAGCGGCGGCGCGUCGUUCCCGAACGCCCCUGCCCCCCCACCUCGCCGGAGGAAAAAGAAACGCAAAUCCGCUCCAUUCUCAACGCGAUCGAACACCUGCGGGAGAUUCAAUCCCGCGGGGAAUUCAUCGCCCGCGCGGAGGUGGAGCAGCUUCGGGAAGCCUUCACCUUCGCCACGGGCGGGCAACCGUCGCGUCCUUCGGCAGGGGUCGAAACCCCCCAUGAGGAGGUGACGUCCAUCGCGGAAAUGACGGCACAUCGCCUUCUCAUCGCCCUCGAACACUACGCGACGUCGAGGGCCGCCUCUUUUGCUCAAAAUCCGCGUUCGGGCGGUGGUUUCGGGUAUGUUUACGCCACCCUUCGCGAUGGCUGGAUGUUGCUAAUCGAAAUGGCGGUGGUUUCGGUGUUCAACUUCUUCCUCGCGGGCUCCCUCGCGUUGCUCGCGACGGGGUUUUUCCUUUAUGGUCGAUAUACCGCGCCGUGGAUGCUCGCGUAUCUGAUUUACAUCUUCACGAAAGGUCGACCUCGGUUUCCGGUGGCCAAACGCAUGGGCUUCGCGCGUGCGAGGAUUUGGCGAUAUUAUCGCGAUUACUUCCCCACUCGUUGCAUCAUUCCUGCAACGGUGCGUUCGCGAUUUGAUCCUGCGCGAAAUUACUUUUUCCUUUAUCACCCCCACGGGGUGGUCAGCUUCGGGGCGGUGGUGAACUUCGCGUUGGAUGUGAAUCGCGCCUCCGAGGCCCUCCCGGGGAUUCAGAUUCACCUCCAGACGCUGCGAUUCAAUUUUUUCAUCCCCUUUUUUCGAGCGGCGUUGCUCGCGACGGGCGCCGGGGAUGCGAGCGCGACGACGAUCCGUCAAACCCUCCGCGCGGGGGCGGGGGAAUCCGUCAUGGUGGUCCUCGGCGGCUCCGAGGAGGCCGUCGUUUCUCGACCAUGCACGAAUGACUUAAUUUUGCGCAAACGCGCGGGAUUCGUGCGGAUUGCGUUGCAGGAAGGGGUCCCGUUGGUGCCCGUUUACGGGUUUGGCGAGAACGACGUCUUCGAGCACGCCGAGAUCGCCGACGCCCCGGUGAUCAAACGCGUCGUUGCCGGGGUGAAACGCUUCACGGGGGUGGCGAUUCCGAUGUUGAAAGGCGCGAGGUUUCUUCCACGCCGACGGCCGAUCACGGUGGUCGUUGGGGAGCCGUUGGAGCUGCCGAAAAUCGAAGCCCCCACGGACGCGGAGAUUGAUUUCUGGCGGGAACGAUAUAUCGACGCGUUGCAAAACCUUUAUGAAACGUAUCGCGUCGUGUAUGAUCUGAAAAGCACCGGUUUGCGCGUCGUGAUGUGA